AUGCAAUCGCAACAACAGGGUGCUCAAGCACGGGAUGCCGCUUAUCCCGCUGCAGUCCUAGCUACGUGGACUGCGAAUGCUCGCGGGAAAUUAGCCGGGAACAGGGUCAAUCGACGUGGGGGACACGGGCUGUUGAAGCAACUGGCAGCGAUAGACAUCAGCGCGGCACGCGGAUGCGGGACUGUCGGGCAGCGUGGCUACACUUUGGGCUGGACCAGAUGCGGGCUGUGCCAAAGGUGUCAUAGCAUAGGCGGCGGCAAAAAAACAGGCGCCACGCAACCUCCAGAAGUGCACCCAGUGUCUUGUCCCCGACGCGCGACGACGCUGACCGGGACAGCGCGUGCUCCUGCGAUGUGCCAGCGAGUUGGCGCGAAGCGUGCUGACCGAGCGGUACAGACGUUAUCUGCACCAGGGAUCCGCGCGCACAGGAUGGAGGCUGGUGGCAGGAUGGCGGCGCGCGAGGAGAGAACAAUGGGCGGGGAGACGUAG